AUGUGGCCGGGACGCCGUCCGCGCUGGCGCCUUCUCAGGCGAGCGGCUUCAGCUCACCCUCGCCUUCAACGCGGAAGAGAGACACAUGCUUCUGCUCCCCCCUGUCUCACCUUUUCCCGCCUCCCCCCUCUCUCGUCUCCUUCUUCUCUCUUGUCUCUUUCCUCUCUCUUGUCUCUUUCUUCUCUCUCUUCUGUCUCUUCCUCUGGCCUCCCUUCGUUUCGUUUCUCGUCUGAAUCGUACUCGAGGAACGCGCGGGUUCCUCCGCGGCUGUAUUCUCAGUGUACAGGUCGUGUUUCCCCUGUACGUUUGCAUGCGCGGUCUGAUAAAUGCGUUUAUCCCAGCUGUCUUUCCUCUCGCGUUCACCUCUCUCCGCCUUUCUCCAAUGUCUCGUCUUCCCCCUUCUCCACCUCCUCGGGCUCUCCUCCUGGCGCUGGAGAUCGGCAGUCCGAUCCGUGUUCCCGCCUUUUUCUGUCGCCCGCUUCCUCUUCCUCUCCGUCCGUUCCCUCUUCUGCCCUCUUUUCCUUCUCCUCCUGUUCCCCCCCGGACGCCCCUCCUCAGCCCCUGUUCCCAGAGGCUCUCGGUACCCGCCCGUCUUGGAAACCAGCUUAUACUCGAGACGCGCGAACCGCCGCAGCUGCGGCUGUCGCUGCGGUGGCGGUUGGACCCGUCACACGACCGUCCUACCGGGCGUCUCGACCUCCGUCUCCCUCGUCUUCCUCUUCUGCCGCUUCGUCCAUUUCGCCCACUUCGCCGUCGUCUCCUGUCUCCUUUCCGUCUUCACGCAUUCGCGGAGGGCCCGAGAGGCUGUCUGCGCAAGCGGCGCUAGCCCCGGCUGAUGCCGGAGCGUCUCGGACCGCCGAGAGAAGGGGGAAACCGGACCGGUCGUCCUCGCUGACCCUGACCCCUUCCCCUCGCCCCAGUGUCUCCUCUUCUCGAUCUCCUGUUCUCCCUAUUCGAGGGCGCCGGAUUGUCUCUUCACACGCAGAGUGGGAGUGGCGUUUGCAAGAGAGAGAACGAACCACGCAGCACCUUGCGGCCAGGCUGUCGUGGCCAGCCGCCAGUGAGGAUCCUCCGCGCGCUGCUGGGAAACAGCUGGAGCAGAGACCUACUCAGGAGCGGAGUGUCUCCGCGGGCGGGGACCACGGGGGAACGCAUGCAAAGUUUGUUUUCGAAAAGGUGGCGCUACGAGGGGCUGGCGGGGGCAAUGGACGCAAGACGAUCAAAGGAGUGAAAGAGACAGACAGCAGGAAGACAGACGAUAAAGAAUGCGCAGAAGAGACCAGAGAAACUGAGGCCGGAAACGCGGCGGGAGAGAAACCGAGAAAUCCAGUCGCCGCAUUUUGUGUCACAAGACUUCGAGAACGCCUCGUGGGAAAAUGGCACGCGUGUCUUGCUUUCUUCUCUCGCCAGCCGACGCCUUUGACCUCAAGAGAACAGCCUUUGAUCUCUGAAUCUGCAUCGUCGCCAUCUGGGGGAGAAGCCUCUCCCCGUCCCUUACCCCAUUCCUCCGUUAAGACUUCUCUCUCGCCCUCCAACUCUUUCACUUCUCCUUCGUCUCUAACGUCUUCCGCGCCGUCGGCCAGCUCAUCUCGCGAGGCUCAGGAGACGGCGACUGGGUCCACUUCUUCGUCUUCUAGCGCGGUGAACGCCUCUCUCUCGACGCGGUCCUCAGCCGCUUCUGGUGGGCUGUCUCGCCUGCGCUUCCUCGCGCUUCCGCCCCUAUGGUUUUUCUCCUUUUUUUCUUUCGCUCCGCUUCGCGCGUUCCUCGCGCGUCUGUUUCAGACUAGGUUUCGGGCCCUGGCGCCGGCUCGUCGCGGAGACGGUCGGGGCGACGCUUCCGCGAGGGACCGGGGACGACCUGCCGAGGCCCAGGCAGUCGUCCGCAUGCUGGAGGAGGCCAGCCGAGCCGCGGAGCGGCGCGCCGAGGCGGCGGAGCGCGCAGCGGCGCUCCGAGCAGCGCGAACUUUGCAGCAGUCGGCGAGGCCGCCCACCCGCACCUUCCGUGAGAUUCGUUCGCGACUCCUGCGGCAAGGAGAAGGCGGGGACGCUGAGCUGCGUCUCGGCCUCGACCGCGUGAGAGAACUCGAGGCGGAGAGCCUGGUCGCCCGUGGAGCCGAUGCGGGCAAGAGAAGAAUGGCGGAACACGCCCUUGAGGAAGAUGGCGCCGAGAGUGCCAUUGUGACAGAAGGCGAGACGGCGCUGGGGACCCGGGAUGUGUCGCUGGCGUCGGGAGAGGAGGCGCGAACGAAAGAAGGGGAUGCGCAAACGAGAGAAGGGGAUGCGCAAACGAAAGAAGGGGAUGCGCAAACGAAAGAAGGGGAUGCGCAAACGAAAGAAGGGGAUGCGCAAACGAAAGAAGGGGAUGCGCAAACGAAAGAAGGGGAUGCGCAAACGAGAGAAUUGGAUGCGCAAACGAGAGAAGGGGAUGCGUCAACGAGAGAAGGGGAUGCGCUAACGAGCACACGGAAGGAAGGGGAUGAUGUCCGGAAGACAGAGGCGCGUUUGCCGCCAGAUGCGGGGCGUCUCUCGGGGGGUCGUGGGAGGGACGAAUGCGAAGGAGCGGGGUACACCGAGCCGCCGGCUGGUGCAACGGAGACGGUCAAAGAGACGGAGGAAGGAAGGGAAUGUGAAGUUUCGCCUGAGAAAGGGCGAGACUUUUCGACAGCCGUUCCCUCUUUCAAUGCCAUCUCGGCGGAGGGCCAGGAGGUGGCGGCGACGCCUGUGAAGGCGUCUGAGGAGGCGAAGGCAGGCGAAAGGGCUGAAGGCGAAGCCGAACUGUUUCGUGCAUCUCGCACCAACCAGAGAGAGCGACGCGUCACAGAGAACGACGGACAGAGGACGACAAAGGACGACCAAAACGCGAUCAACGGAGAACAAGGGAUGCUUUUGCCCGGCGCGCUUCGGCUGAACUCGGAGUCGGUCACCUUUCCCGAAUCGUCUAAGUCCGGGCUCGCCGAGGCCCUCUCGUCGCCGUUGCCGCCUCUCGACGAGUGGAUGCGCCACGCGCUUUCUGGGCCAGCAGGCUCCUGGGAAGACAGGCGCAGACACGCGCUCGGAGACGCAUCCGGCCAAGCUGCUGCUUCGCCCCUCCCGCCCUGCCUAGCUGCCGCCCAGGAGCGGCUCGCGGCCCUCCACGCCGCAGCCUCUGCUGCUUGGCAAGAAGCGGCGCACGCCCGGCAGGCCGCCGCCACGGCUGCAGCCGCGGCUCUGACCCUUUCUGUUCGCGGGGAGGUUCGGUCGCUUUCCGCCUCUACUCCGCACCGGACCGGUCGUGCGGACGCCUCCGCGGGGGCCCUGUCUCCAAGCCCGCAGUCGAGUCCGAGCGGGUUUCUUCCCCCUGCUCUCGAGGACACGGCGGCGCCAGUACCCGGUGCACUCAACAGAGACGCCACGUCGCCCUCGACCGCGUCGCCGCCUGGUGGUCUGUCUCCGCCCGCGACUCUCGCGGAAGCCAGCCUGAAGGCGGCGGCUGCGAGAGACGCCGCCUCGGCAGCCACGGCGCGUGCCGAAGCAGCAAAGGCGGAGUUUCUCCAGGAAGAAGCGGCUUUCCGGGCACGCGUGGCGGAUCCCCGUAACCGCAUGCGUUCGAGCCUCCCCUUUUCCCAGGAGGUUCGAAGCCAGCACUUUGGGCAACGGCUUCCUCUGGCGAGCCAGGAGACACCGGUGAGUCGCCCGGGGGAGCGGGAGUGUUCUCACGGAGAUCCCCGGGAGCGCGCUGAGGGCGUCCUUGCGAAGCUCCUCGGCCAGAUGGACCCGCCGGAAACGUUUCCGUCUUUUGAGCGAGACAGCCACGUGUGGCGGAAUGUCGCCUUCCCGACGGCAGUCGCGGAACCUGUCCCUACGCCGUCCCCCAGUGCGUGGGGCCCGUACGCUCCGUUUCCAAACCCAGUUUCACCUGGAGCCGCCAGCGCAUGGGGCGCAGCCCUGGAUCCCCGAGGCCGAGCGGUUCCCGUCCCCGGGUUCGCCCGCCCGGGAAGCGCGUUCCAUCCUGGCGAAGGCGAACGCGGCGCAGGGAGGCAGUUUCCCGGGGCAGCGGGCCGCGGUGUGAGCCCCCGAGCCGUCCCCUUCCCGGACGCCGUUCCGCCUUUCGCACCAGCGCCGCGGAUCCUUGGCUUUCCGUCGCCUGGCCCGCGGUGGGAUCCGCGAGCCCCGGACCUUCGCUGGCUGACCUUCUUGUACGGAGAAAUCCACGCAGUCAAGGAGGUGACCAAGUUUUAUCGAGGGGGCCGAGGGCUGAGUGCGGUCGAAGAGUGCCAGGGAGCGCUGGGACUGCUUCUGACGAGUCUGAACGCCGACUUGCGCGUGGCGCCUGCCUCAGUCAACAGGGUCGUGAGCCAGGUCCGACCGGUGCUGACCAGUUGGGAACAAGUCUUCUCGGCGGCGAGCGGCAUGAUUCGGUUCUUUGCGGAAGACUCCCGGUUCGGGAAGAGCCGCUGUCUCGCGAUUGUCAAGGACGCCCGGGGCCUCCUGGAGUGCGACGCGAACGCAUGCGACAACCUGCCUCACGACAGGCAGAACACGCCGAGCUCCGGCGACCGGACGACGCCCGAGGAGCCGAACGAGCGCGGCGAACGCGGAAGCGCACCGACAGUCCGGGAGACAGCGCAACGUCCGGCGGGGCGCGGAGCGUCGCUCGAACCGCGCGACUCAGAGCCUGCGCAAGGGUCUGCCGAGCCGGCUUCUUCGCCAGAGGGCGACUUGCCUCCUUCCCUGCGCGACCCGGCGACGCGGCUGGACGCUCUGUUGACACAUGGUCAGGUGCUCGGUCGGUUGCCGCCGAUUCUGCUGCCUGGCCACAUCGAACCCGUCGAAGUCCAGGCGUUCUUUAGCGUGCCUCGGUUCCUCGGCGGCCUGCGCCAAGACAUUGUGACGCUCAACUUUGUCAUGCACGCGCUGAAACGCGAGAACACGUGCACUUUGGACGACGGCUCCUCGAUUUGCCUGUGGGAUCCACACAGGCCUGUCACGCCCCGGCCGGCGCGCCCGGGAAGGGCGAGAAGCGAAAGGAUGAAGAAGGUGCCCGCGCCGAAGGAGAUCAAGAGCAACGAGCCGCUCGCUCCGAAGCGAGAACCUCCUGUCCAGGAAUGUGCGGCGCGCUCGCACGAAGCGAAGGCGGAGAAGACUGUAGCGAAGGAAACGAGUUCGACCGAGAGGAAGCUCGACACUACCGCAGCGUUGCUUCAGUCGAUCCAACGCCAACAAGAAGAGCGGCGCCUGGAAGACGUCAAAGCGUUUGUCGCGUCAACGAAUGAGCAAGUCCCUCCGCCUGCCUCUUCUUUUCUGGGCUCGAAUGUGGACUCGCGUUUCGAGGGUCCACCCGAGGCGUGGCUCGGCGACGCAUCGUCAGGCGCGAUCGUCGGCGGUUCCGUUUUGGGCUUCGUCGAGAAGCAAAUGCGCGCCAAGAAGGCGGAAAGCAAGAAGAAACACGGAGCGGAGCAGCCUCGGAAAGAAGACGAGCGGGAGACUCUCCACGUAAAGGAUCUGACUGUUGGCUCCUUGGCGCGGCAUCUGAAGGUGCCGGAAAGCGACCUUUUGAAUGUAGCUACACUGCUGCUCGAGGGCACGCCGGGGCGAGGCAGUGUGACGUCGAGCACUCGCCUGGAUGAAGACGAAGCAGAGUUCCUCAGCGAUGAAGUUGGGAAGCUCAGUUGUCUCCGCCUAACUCGAGGGGUGCCCAGUGAAGAUCGCGGCGACUAUCGCGCUCCUGCUGUCGUGGCGGUUCUUGGCCACGUCGACCACGGGAAGACAACACUUCUCGACAAGCUCCGAAGUUCCCAUGUAGCAGAAUCUGAAGCUGGAGGCAUUACCCAAGCGGUGUCUUCAGGCAGUCUCGUUCUCCCCUCUCAGAGACAGAAACUGACCUUCAUUGAUACCCCGGGGCACGCGGCGUUUGCUUCUAUGCGCAAGCGCGGGGCCGCAGCCACGGAUCUGUGUGUUCUCGUCGUAGCAGCGGACGAGGGCGUGAAGGCACAGACUCUCGAGUGUCUAGACAUUAUUCGCAAGUCCGGCACGCCUUGGAUUGCAGCGCUGAAUAAAGUCGACAAGCCUGGCGCUGACAUUGCGAGAGUGAAGAAGCAGUUUGCCGACCUCGGUGUCAUCAGCGACGAUGCUGGAGGAGACGUUCCGUUCAUCCCGAUCAGCGCCAAGACGGGAGAAGGCUUGGACCAGCUGGAAGCAGCUCUGAGCCUCCUCCAAGAGGACAUGCCUCAUUUGUAUGGUCCGGGGCCUCCGUCGGACGCCAGCGGCGCACACGCGCGGGCCGCAAGGGGCUACGUUCUCGAGUCGCGCGUGGAUAAACAAAAGGGGCGAUUCAUCCAGGUCAUUGUCAGGAGUGGCUGGUUGGAACCUGGCAAAUGGGUAGUUAUCGGUCGCAACUCAGGGAGAAUCAAGAAAAUUUGGCGAAGUGGUGAACACGUGGAGCUCAAAAUGGCCGGGCCCAACGAGGCAGUGGAUGUGACAGGCCUUGGAGACUUGCAGGCCUCCGCUGGACAGGCGCUCGUGCAAGCGGCUAACGCACAGCAGGCGGCCAAACUAGCUGCCAUGGCGGAGAGACUUGACUUGCGGCGACAGCUGCGCCGCGCGGCGGCAAGCACUGCGCAGGCCACAAAAGUUGCGGUUGAGGACCUGGCACUCAAAACGGCCUCGACCCUGAGACGAAGACAAAGAAAACUGCUAAAAUACAAACAAGCUGUCCAUGACAUCAAAUUCGUGGAUGAACUGGCCGACGAUGAAGAGUCAGAAGACGACGCAGAAGGCUUGAUCACCACCAGGCAUACCGUUGUCCAAGGGAUACCACAAAUUGGUUUAGUCGUCAAAGCAGCCGACCAGGGCAGCUUGGAGGCCAUCCUGCAGUGGAUCGAUACACACAACGAGACCGUGAAAGCGGCGGAACGCCUGCCCGAUGCGGUUAAGGGUGCCUUGAAGGGCGCAGCCAGUGAGAGGCUGCGGGCGCUGGCAGACCAGAGAAGAGCAGUCGAGCUGACAGAGGAAGAAGAGUCGGUGGAGCAGUCAACUGAAGCACUACAAGAGAGCGAACGCGUGCUUGCCUCCCGCUGGCUGCCGCUAUGCGUGCUGCACUGCGGCGUGGGACCCAUCAGUCUCUCCGAUGUGAACAAAGCGGCGUUAACCAAUUCUUUUGUUCUCGGAUUUGGCGUGUCUGUCUUGGACAACAUCGAUCAGGCCCUCUACGAGUACCAUUUCGGCUCGGAGUUCGUCUACAACCAAGUCGGACGCAUGGUUGUUUCUCGCGUCGCUACAUUCACGCUCAAGCGGAGCAAAGGUGGUAUUCAAACGGUCGUUGGCGUCGACGUCAAGGACGGAACCCCUUCUGUUCAACACUUUUAUUCUGUGAUGAGGGAUGACUGUCUUCUGGCGGAACAUCUUCAAAUCAAGUCCAUGCAGAAAAAUCGGCAGGACGUCACUACAUUGCAAAAAGGCACGUUGAUGGCCGAUGAGCACUUUAGUGACUAG